AUGGGUCUAUACUUGAACAAUCCCGCUUCAGUGCAGGAAUCAUCACCAAAAGACUGUUUAGCCCGUAACACGUUGAACGACCUUAUCGACUGCCUUGACGCGUUUUCUGUGUCCCCAGAUUUCUACGAUGCCUCUUCCUACGCUGCUGCUCAACCCACGGAUGAAGAAAACUCAGCAUGGACGUCUGUGAUAUAUUCGAUGUUGAAUGCAAAUGCAAAUGAUUGCGCUGAUAUCACCUUGCCCUCGGCGUUGGAGCACAUCUACGCUGUCACAACCUUUCCAGAUGUUGAUAUCAACAGGACAUUCUGCGUCCUUUCUGAGACUACUGCAAGCGUGUACAGUAAUUACACGAAAGGAUGGGGGCUGAUGGUCGUACCCGCUUCAGCUAAAGACAUCUCCCGCCACAUUCACCUUUCAGCGCCUCAUCCUCAGGCUGAUAUCAAUACGCCACAACAAGCCGGAGCGAUUUUCACGCUCUCUGGAGCACAUAGUUUGCUCAUCUCUGGUCGGUUCCGAUCAGCGUACGCGGUGCAAACGGAUUGUAUAAUUCCUGUUGGAGCGAAGAAAGUUUUUUAUAAAACUGAUCCUGCUCAUGAUGUGCGCGAACCUUUCAGUGUUGCUAAUCUGGUAAUCCGAGAAUGGCAAAAUGCCCAUGGCGGAUGUCCUUCAGAGACUUGUGCAUAUGUGCAAUUUCACGGAAAAGCUGCCUCGUCUUGUGCAGCGGAUACAAUGUUCAUUUCGAGUGGUCUCGGAAAUUCCGAUUCAUCUCUGUCAUGGUAUGAAGAUCAUUCACUAAAUAUCCCUGCUCGCCGACUUCGCGACAUAGCAAGAACAAUGUUUCCUAAUUGGAACGCCUCACUCCCUUCCGACGAUCCAACCUGUGUUUUGAGCGCUACGAGCAACGUUUUUGGUCGAUUGAUUAACGGCGUUCCGGGCGGCAGUGUCUGCACAACCGAUGCUGAUUCUUCAAUAGCUACAGGUGAAUUCAUUCAUAUCGAACAAGCGAUCGCGUCUAGGCAGAGUGACGUAUAUGAUCAGUGGGGUGAAAUUUUAAGACGCGCUUUUCGGACCAGUUGUGCGGAAGGAACGGUGGAGGAUAGCAAGAUAGGUCUUUGUGUUCUGGCCUGA